GUUUGCAAUAAAGAUGCCCAGCACCAAGUUUAGUGCAUAAUUAUUCUCUUGUAUGGCAAAAAAGAGAGCUUAAUUGGAAAUACACACAAAGUUGCUCAUCAUCAUGGGUCUCAUGUUCCUCAAGAAGAUCACAUUUCUCUUCCUCCUCAUUUCAGCUUCAUUUCUCUCAACUUCUUUUGCAGGCAGGAGAUUCACAAAUAAUUUGGCCAAGGAAGUUGACGGCAGUGAUGAGGAAAUAUCAAGCAAUGGAGCAAGGGACAAGGAAAUGAACAUUAUCCAUGAAAGGCUUCUUAAAGUGAACACCAAAGACUACGGGAACUAUGAUCCAGCGCCAUCUCUUGUUAGGCCUCCUUUCAAAGUCAUACAAAACUGAUGCUGCAUGGUUCAUAUAUAAAAAGCAGCCAAUCCGAUCCAAUCAAUAUUUACAUAAAUAAAAGCAGACCUAGCUCCUAUAUAUGUCUAGUAAAUCGUAUGUGAGUUGCAUAUAUAUAUAUAUAGUCAGUUUUGAACCCUAAUAUCGUGUAAUGUACCGUUUGUUUAUAUGAAAAUAUAUAUGAUGCAUUUGUGUUGCUAGUCAUGUA